UUUGUUAUGAAUACAACUUUUAUUUAUAAAACUAAAAGAGACAGAAGGAUUAUUUUUUAUUAUUGAGGGCACUCAGUCACAUAAGGUUAUUUGAGGUUAAGGUUAUUGAUGUUUGGUGUAGGCGUAGCAUUAAUUAGUUGCCUUAAUAAUUAUGUCAGUGAAAAGUCCUCACAAGGUUAGUAAGACAAGUGUGUGUGUGUGUGUGUGUGUGUGUGUGUGUGUGUGUGUGUGUGUGUGUGUGUGUGUGUGUGUGUGUGUGAGAGAGAGAGAGAGAGAGAGAGAGAGCUGAUUCAGUCUAGUUUUGGUACAGAUAUGAUCUAACUGGUCACAGAGGCUAUCAUCUUACAGGGUGGAGGGGGUCUUUUGUGACUUUGUGGCCUGAAUUCUGCUAACUACAGAGAAACCAGCGCCUGAUGUUCUGUUCUUAGUGAGAAAAUGCAGUGAGAAAAGCACAGAAGUGAAACAAAGAAUACACGCCAUGUGACUAUCAGGCUGCCGCAAGGCUGACCUCAAUGGACCUGACAGUUUACAAUGCUGAUGUUAUGCUGUGGUUUCCUUUUUUUGACACACUUCAUCUGUCAUGCCAAUCCACGGAAGUGUUCUCAGUAUCAAAAUGAAGAUCGGUGCAAAAAAUGUGAACCAGGUGAACGCAUGGAGAGCAGAUGUACGGACAGUUGUCCCACGUUGUGUGUACAGUGCCCUUCUGACUACUACAUGGAUGAACCCAGUUAUGAAAUGGUCUGCAAAAGGUGCACUCAAUGCAGCAAAGAACACAUGGUGUAUAAGGUGAGCUGCUCUAAAAGUACUGAUGCAGUAUGUGACUGCGAGAGUGGAUAUAAAUGCAAUGGUAUGCCCUGCACAACAUGUGAGAAAAUCCCAACAACAGCACCACCAACAACACCAGCUCCAACAACGACAACAACAACAACAGCUCCAACAACAGCAUCAUCAUCAACAGUAACCUGUACUCGUAAACGCAAUGAGCACCCAAUAUCACCUUCCCAAGACCCACACGUGCAUGUGGAUGGAUCAUGUUGGCUUCAGUUGGUUCAUUUUUGGGGUCCAAGAAAACAUCUGCCAACUCCAGUCAAUGCACAGAGGACGAGGAAGUGCCGAUGCCAGUGCAGGAAGUGUGUGGGCAUAAAUUGUGGGAAGAAGAGAUUUGAGGGAGACAGAAGGAAGCGUCGAGAACGAGGCAAGAAAAGGCACAUAAGUGUGUGGAUUGACUACACACUGUAACACAGGCUCAUAAAAUGGCUCAAGAAGAGACACACUCAUUCUGCACCCAAACUAAUGGGAUACUGCGAGAGAAGAAAAGACACCCCUUAAGUCCACUGUAUAGCACAAUUCAACUGUUUAAUGCUCCAGUGAAACAUGACCUCAAGUCUAAAGUAAUACCACAUUUUAAAAGAGGAGAUGACACUGUGUUUGGUCCUAAGUUCAGGUUACUGUUUGGGUGGAGUUCUUCUCCUGUCUAUGUGUCUUUCCUCCAGGUUCUCUAUUUUCCUCCCACCUCCCAAAAACAUGAAUGCAGAUGGAUUGGUUUUGAUAAAUUGCCUUGAGGUGUGAACAUGUGUACAUGGUGCCCUACAAUGGACUGGAGUACCAUCAAGGAUAUACGUAUUCCUGCCUCACACCCAGUGUUAUGUUCUGGAUUUAUGGUUAUUGAAGAUGAAUUAAUUUUAUAAUAGUUGGAUUUAUUGGUUUGUGCUAAUGGAUUGAGUCUUAAAAAAUCAUAUUCAUAAAGGUGAAAACCAUAGAUUUUUUUUCCAUUUUUGAAAAGCUUACUGUCUAUAUUUUUUUUUAUUAUUUUUAUUAUUAUUGCUCAUAUAUAGCUAUUUUUCCUAAAUCUAAAUGUGAUUGCUGUAAGUUGGCCCAAAGCAAAGGAAUUGUAUUAUAAUGUUAAUAGGCAAAUUAAAUACCUUGUGGCCAUCUUUGAAAUUGCAAAAAAAAAAAAAUGUAUUUAGUGGCCAAGUCUUCUUCUUCCCUUCUUUAUAAUAAGAAUACUUCCACAUGGAGUCUAUGGCAUCCCACAGAAAAUCUUUAUACUUUUUACUGUACACUUUUUAUGAAAUGUGACACUAUGAUUUUGUUGUAUACCAUUCAAGUGCUUUAGUGCCACCAACAGGACAAAGUUGGACAUAUAUUUGUAAUAAUAACUCCACAACCCAACAUCAUAGAAAUGUCAGUUCCUUUGUCCUCAGAUUCUUUGGGUUAUACCAAGUUCAAGCUUAUCCUAUAAAUUUGUCCAGUCAAUAUGCAAAGAUGAUUUAUAGUGAAGUCCAUAAACAGGAAGUGAAGGCAAAUCUUGGCAAUGGUGUGAUAUAUUCAGAAUAAAAGCUGCACAUGAAUGAAGGACCAGACCCGAAGGGACGCCAAGAAAUUUUGUGUACAUUUACCUCUAGGGGGUGGUAUAAUUCACAAAUUUGUAAAACUGCUCAUAACGUUUGAACAGCUGAACAUCAAAUUGAAAUAAUGGUUCUUCUUUCUAUUUAUUCCCUCAAAGAUCUGGCCAAUCUGUGUUUUAAUAAAUUUGUUUUGAGUUCAUUUGAAACUUGGGAGAGCUACUCAAAAUAGGAUGUGAGGCAGUAUCACAGUAAUGGAUUAAUUUAUCCAUCCAUCCACCCAUCCAUUAUCUAUAGCCACUUAUCCUGUUCUACAGGGUCGCAGGCAAGCUGGAGUCUUUCCCAGCUGACUAUGGGCGAGAGGCGGGGUACAUCCUGGACAAGUCGCCAGGUUAUUGCAGGGCUGUGGCUUAAUUUCCAUCCAUCCGUCCAUUGUCUGUAGCCGCUUAUCCUGUUCUACAGGGUCGCAGGCAAGCUGGAGCCUAUCCCAGCUGACUAUGGGUGAGAGGCCGGGGUACACCCUGGACAAGUCACCAGGUUAUCGCAGGGUUUUGGAUUAAUUUUUCCAUUAAAUUUGCUGCUGUUAUAGACAGACUGAAAUCACUAUUUAAAAUAAAUCCAAUACAAGCAGAAAGAACAGAAAAUGGCACAUUUCUAGCUGGAACAACGUUGUUGUGUGGCAUAUUACAAGGAAGUAUUAGAAAAAAUUGUAACUGUGUGCCUUAUCUCAUUGGUGGUCUUUGACCAGCUGGAUUUUAGUAGUAGUAGAAUCCAUGAUGUUCUCUGUAAAAUUUGACAGUAAAAACUGUAAUGCUGUUAUCUCUGGACCCUGCUAGUUAGCUGUGUAUAUCUGCCAGUGUGUACUAUACCAUGUGGUUUAAUUAUGAGCACCAUAGAUUACAUUAAGUUAUCCAUACUGUAUACUGAGAAUUUUGUCUGUGAGUGUUUGUUUGUUUGUAUGUUUGUUUAGCUGUGGGGGGAAAAAUUAACUGCAUUUUAAAUUGUGCAUUUCAAAAUUUGCAUUUUUAGUAAAUUGUGUAAAUCUUUAUCCAUCGCUACU